GCCAGAAGUGGGUUAUUUUCACUGCACUAGCUUUGAAAUGAAAUUCUGUAAGUAACUUUAUUCAUUUCUAGUUUUUAGUGGUUCAGACUUCAGAGGUUGUAAAAAUGUUGUAAUUUCGUUAGGCUAGGAUCGACGUUAGGCUUUUUAAACCCUUUUUUUUCUCAAGUUCCAUCUGAGCGAUGCCGGGCAGAUCUAGUAGUAACUGGGUACUUACAUUAUACAAUGCUAAAAGUAAAUACGUUUUACUUGUAGCAUAAUUAUCAUUUUAUUUAUUUGAGCUCUUAAUCUGUGUACCUAACUAUAUCUAUUAAAACAUUAUUAAGGUCAUAAUAUUAUUAUUUAUCACAAGAAACUUACAGGGGUAAAAAGCGGUAUCGAAUUAAUGAGUUUUUGUGGGGUAAAAAGGUCUGGCUGGGUGUUUGUGGUAAGUAAUAAUGUCUGCCAAUUUAGUUGCCCCGCGUACCAGAGUUACACGGCAAUGGAAGAGGUUGAAAGUUGAUACGCUGCGCGUUGGCAAUGAGUGAAGAGAGGGGAUAGUACACGUGCCCGUAGCCAUGCUGCCGUGUAGGCCGCCCUCCUCACUUGUUGAGCACAUCGCGGUCGUGACGUUAUCGAACUACACAUUUUCUGUAGUAUGUGUUCUGCUUUCUCACUCGCACCUUUUUACAUUUAGUAGUUCCGGCUGUAUCAUUCUAGAUGAAAAGUAGACAGAUACCUACAUGCACAGUGUGCACGUCUUCUAGGUAGUAUAUUGGUAGUUAAGUUAGUUCUGCCCCAAGAAGACCUGCCUAACAUUUUAUUUUACUGCUGUUUUAUGAUAACAGACGAAAAGUAAAAAAAUAUGAGCUUCUUUAAAAAGUUGUAUUUUUUUUUACAUUUUCUCGAACAAUCGAUCUCUGUGAAUUGUAUAGAUUUGUAACAUUGUUCCAAAAGCCAUAAAAACAAUAACUACGUCAGUCUGACACAAAAAAACGAGAAAAACUUUGUUUAGAAUUUUGCCAACUUUUUGUACGGUUUUCUUGGCAAGCCGUUACGUAAAAACUACGUAAAGUAAGUAAGUCAUUUCAUUAUGGAAGCCAUAAGUGCAUGAAUACCAAAUCAAGAAGUUUUUAAACAAUAACGCUCUGUAUUGUUAGGGGGAAAAAAUGAAUACACCGUGGCAAACGCACCCAAUUAAAAUUAUAUUUAUCUUUCUUAGGUAGUGUCUACAAAUUAAAUAAAGUUGUAAGUUCUAAAGUGAGUUAGUUAAAAGUGAAGUUAACUUUUAAAGAAUAAAAUAUGUCAAACAUAACUAUGUUAAUAAGGACUAGUGAAGUAAGACUUUAACAAAAUCUGUGACUGAACAUAGAAUGGGUAUACUCAUGGAAUCCACCGAGGUGAAUUUGGUCACUACAAAUUAUCAACAACGUGGUGCAAAACCGGAAAUUUUUGGAGCGAUGAGUGCGCCUGGCGACGCUUUCUACUCGGACACGCUCCACACCAUUGCGAUUAAUACCAGGGAGACAGAAUACGGCAGCAUAGUGGAGCCAAUUCCGAUCGUGCUCAAGACAUACCAACAGUUUCAGCCCAACUGCUACUCUAUAAAUGGCUAUGGGUACCCUCAGUCGUUGGUAGCUUCUGUAUCCUCUGCGCCUUGUGUCCCCGAGGUUGAAGAACCCUCUACUUCGAAUACUCGAAGCCCUAUCAAGGAAGAGGACACUCAAAAGGUUGCGCGGCCUCCAAAAAAGAAGUGGAUCAAAGAGUACUUGGAGGAGGAACCGAAGUCGCCGGUGUCGGUGCGGCUGACAGGAGUGUCAGUGACGCGCAGCAACGGCGUGGUGCGGCCGACCUCGCCGGUGUCGGUGACGCCUUCUGCAGCCGCGCCGCUCGAACCAGUCCUCGCCUCCGUCGCCUCCGUCACCCCCAUCGCCCCCUCCUCCGACUUCGUACAAGAACAUUCCAGGCCGCGUAAUACAAAUAUUAGUCACGGGCUUCCGCAAAUCCCAUCACCGCCGUCAGUGAGCAGCAAUGGCAGCGGUAGCAGCAGCAACGGCAGCGGCAGUGCGCCGCGCGCCGGCACGCGCGAGGUGCACAACAAGCUGGAGAAGAACCGGCGAGCGCACCUCAAGGAGUGCUUCGAACUGCUCAAGCGGCAGCUGCCCGCCACGCCCGACGACAAGAAGACCUCCAACCUGUCCAUACUCGGCUCGGCCAUCCGGUAUAUACAGGUACUUCGUCGAAAGGAGCGUGAAUGCGAGCACGAAAUGGAGCGGUUGGCGCGAGAGAAGAUCGCGGCGCAACAACGGCUGGCCGCGUUGAAGAGAGAAGUGUCCGUGCGUACCACGAUCCGUCCCCGCAGCAUCGACGCUGCUUCUGAGGAUAAGGAUCGAGAUGAAAAUGUGAAUGGACAGAUUUUAGGACUGCCCAUAAGUAUUAUCUCAUCGCCGCCGCGCUCCGCAGCUCAAAUGGAGUCAUCACCGCCCCGAACCAUCAACCUCAGCACGAAGUUGCGUACACUGCCGAUACAGAUCACACCCACCACCUCGCAGGUCGUAAGGACAUCAUACGGCACGAGGCAUAACACGCUCACCCUCACAACUAUAGCGCCGGCCGAAGCUCAGAAUGGGCAAGAAAAUGGAGUAACUACUACAUUAAAUAACCUGGUACACCCUGCGCAAAUUCAUCUUCCUUUGUCACAAGUAGUGAGUAGCGGCGGGCUGGUGGUGGGCGGCGCGGCGCUGCAGCUGCUGUCGACGGGCGCGGGGCUGCGCGUGCUGCAAGCGCCAUCCAUUCACACCAAUGGUGUAACUACAGAUAGUAAUAGGAUAGUGAAAGAAAAUGGCGUGGUGACGCCUCCGCCGGUAUCCACAGAAGGCAGCGUGGUAGUCAGUGGACUGACGCCGAUCGUGGUGUCGCAGCCGGCGGCGCACUUGUUGCAAACGCACACACUCACACAUAAGAUGGUGGAGACGCAGAUGGUGAAAGGCACCGUGGCGCCGCUGACGGUGAGCGCGCAGUACCUCAGCGCGACCACCAUCGUCAAGCCCGUAGUCGUGGUGUCCAGCGCGCACGAGCCGCACCAGCCGCACCAGCCCCACCCGCACGAACACACGUGACCGGAGCCCGUGCUGUGAGCGAGACUAUAAAUGGACUCAGACUAACUGUCCACACAUACAAUGGUGUUAUAAACAACUCGAAGUUACUAGGAGCCUGUGGCCAGGGACAAGUCUAGACAAAACACAAGGCCAGGAGACAAAUCUUGCGGUUUUAAUAACUAACGUCAUGUUUACACCAACAAAUAAGUUUUGAUACCUGUAUUUUGAUGAAACUUGGAAAAACAUGUUAAAUGAUUAACUUACGUAUUCUUUAAGACAUAUUGUCUCUUUCUUUUGAUAACAAAAUAUAGAGACAAGCCGAGAAGUCUUUUAUAAGUUUUGUAUACAACUGUCACAGCUUGUUUUUGAUAUUAUCACAAAACUGGCGAUAUUACAUACUACAUAAUGCAAUACAUAUUUUAGACUUUGAUGUUAACGUGGUGUAUAUGAUAUAUUUGAGCUGAUUUAUUUUACUUUUAACAAUUACUGCUAGAUUAGUACCUGGCCGUACUCGAGCACCAUAUCUUCCGGUUAUCCGCGAGCAUGCUCGAGUAACCCUAUAUUUCAUAGUAUUAACUAAAGCCUGAUUUUUAAUUUCGUGGAAUUCUGACAGUUUUUAUUUUAUACAUUGGGUGGGUUGAUUGGUAUAAAAAAACAGGGUUACCAGCUGAAGUUUAUUUUUACCCCAAACCCAAUCCCUGUCAUCAUUAAAAAAAAGUCCUAAGCCGUGCCUAGUAUUAGUUGUUUCGCUCUAAAAUAGGACGAAAUACCCAAAAGUGGAAAACUGUCACCAACAGAAAAUAACAGGAGCAUUCUUUGUUUUUUUUUUGUAUUUAAUCAAAACACAUAACAGUCCUUCGUGUUGUGCAAUCUUGUAAAAAAUAGUGUACUUUUAAGUAACAGUUUAGUAUAAACUUACCCUUUACCAUACCUUUGAGGGAAUCUCUGGCAACACCAAGAAACAACUCCACGGAAUUCAAAAUUAGAGUCUAUUUGAAGUGGAUAAAGACGAUAUUUAAUUAUUUAUUCGUCGGUAAAGUGCUCGACCAUGCGGGCGUCAUGUGCGGUUUUGUUAGCGCUGAACCUUAGGCAAACUAAUUGUUAAUAACACCCAAAAUCUUGGUCAGUUAGACUUUUUGUACACAAAUAUUUUAUUUGAUCUAAAGACUAUUUAUUAUUUAUGACACAUUAUAUUUUAAUUUAUGUUGUUUGUUUUAAAUAAACACGUGUAUACAUUAUACGUGUUUGAAAGAGGAGAGAAAUGCAUUUGCGUCAGUGCGCGGUCACUUGCUCGUAUGUUCUGAAACGGUUGUCGCCUGUUGGUAACCUAUGUUCACUGCCCAAUUUAACAAGCAAUAAUUCGAUGUUGAAUUUAUCUUAAGGGAAGUUUUGAGCUAUGCGCAAAUGUCGUCUUUAAUGUAUUUUUGUGGCUACAUUAACACCUCUCUACCAUGUUGCUGUCGUGACACGAACUACGUGUUUAUGACACCUAGAGCCAUUUGCAUAUAGGUUUUGGACGACGGUAUUGUAAUUGAUUUGAUCUACAAAGUUAUGAUUGGUUUUGCUACAAAGUGAUAACUUCUGAUUAGUCGCUCUCACAAUAUUAGCUAAAAUGUACAGAUGCAUCAAGAAUACUAUAAAUUCAGCCAAUCACCAAAAUUAAAAAUCAAGUCUUAGGCCGGCCGCAUAUUAUUAGUAUUAGAAAUUGUCUGUUUGGAAAUUUUCUGGGGCAUUCGCUUUGCGAACAUCAGCAGCGUACGUCUGAUCUGGCAAAAUUCUGAAUCUGGGAAGGUCUAGUACAAAAUGUAUGAGUAGAGUACAGAGUGCCUUUCAGUGCGCGUCACAAUCUUUUUUGACAGACAAUAUGUCAAAUUCUCUUGUACACAAAUCUCAACUAAACUAAAUUGACAGACCUAAAUCUAUAGUGCUAUCCUAUCAUUUUAGUUAAAUUUAGAGAUUUUGUACAAGAGAAUCAGCCACAUUUUAAUAUGCCACUGACUUUAAAGAUUUUUGUAGUCACCCAAAAGUUAAAUGUAAAUGUGGCUUCACCACGCAGAAACGCUUUUAGAACAGUUUUCUAUUGUUAAAUUCUCGUCCGUUUUACUCGUAUGAGCUUUAGCAAUAAAAUCAAAUAUGAGAUUCACAAGUGUUGUAAAGUAAGAACGCGCAUAUAUGAGAAACUUCUAUGUUCUAAAAGUAUUGCACAAAAUGUAACAAACGCCCUAAUCAUAUUUCUCGGAUAUAUGAGUUUUGGACAGCCAAAAAACCUGAAGGGUCUAGUACACGAUGGACUAGUGCAAUGGGACAAUGUGUCCAAGUGAUGUUUCAAGGGUCAUAUUUAAAAUAAAUUCAUUUAUUGUUUUCGGGCUUAGAUGAUAAAAAGAUAUAUCUUAUCUUAAUGGCUUAGUUUAAGUAAACAUCAGUAAAGUACGUGUGUAUGGAGAAGACUCAAAUGGUCCAACAUUUUGUCCAAACGUGUAUUAGGCUCCUGAUCUAGUCUCUCAAAGGAUCAUGGUAACAAAAUGCCGGGGGGUGUGAGAAGCAGGCGCUUGCUAUUUAAGCAGGGUACUCACCUAGCCGUGUAGCAAGUAACGUAUCUGAUACUGUAUCAACCUGCAAGUGGGUUCGCACUGAUACUGCAACUCGACGGGUCAUUGCGAACUUACUGCGCACCACGUGCGAGCGGCUCGAAGCGGGCUCGUGUCUACGUACUAACUUGAUAGUUUAAAAAAAAGAAUAUUAGCCAUGCUCAUCAUGACUAAUACUCCCCCUUUCCCCUCCAAUUAAGCGUAAUGUUUGUGCCAGGAGUGGGUACGACAAUAGGGCAACGGGUGGGGUUUGAACCGCUGACCUUUCGGAAUUCAGUCCGCUCCUCAACCGUUCAGCUGUCGAGGCUAAGUUGAUACAGUAACAGAUACCUUAAAUGCUACACGGCUAGGUGAGUGCCCUGCUUACGUGCAAAUGUUUCAUUGUGGUAGAUAAAACAAAGACAGUGAUAGCAAAGUGACAAAUGGGGUGUCUGUUUAUAUCGUCCGGCCAAUCUGUUACGCUAGCGUAGGUAAAAUUUACUUUAUAUUUUUCUACAAACAAAUUAAUUCCAUGUGAUUUGUACAGAACUGUAAUGAUACGAAUGUAAAAAAAUAUUAUUUAAAUUAUAUUUAUUUAUUUAGAGCCAGUAAAAUAAGCAAAAUUUAUAUACCUAACUGCAAAGCUUAAUUAAUAUAGUUUGGAGCGGAUUCGAAGGUGUAUAUUACAUUUAGGCCUUUACUAAUAGUAAUUUACACACUGAACGCUUCAACAUCUUUCUGUCAUACAUUAGAUGUUUAUAAGGCAUGCCUGUGUAUAAGCAGUGUGUAAUUUUUUUUGAGUAAAAGCCUGAGUAAAUAUC